AUAUGAAUUUAGUCUUUAUUUCAAAGUGAUACUAAAUUUAAGGUUAUGAUAAUAUAUUUACACGUCCUUAAUAUAAUGAAGAUUAAACGUCUUGCGAUGAAUUUUGAUGACACAGCCUUUCACGAUAAGUGAAUUUAGUCGUUAUUUUAAAAGGAUAUUAAAUUUUAUGUCAUGAUAAUAUAUUCGCACUUCCUUAAAUAACUGAGCUGUAAAGAUGAAUGACGCAACAUUGUAUAAGUCAGUCGGGUACUUGGGAUGAACGUGAUGAUGAUGCAAGGACGACGUGAGAUAUCGUCAUUUACCCCUUGGUGCCCCUCGACAAGGAUGUAAACAAGGUCGAUGGAGAUAUAUCACAUGUACUAUUAAAUCUACAUUUUUGGUGUCAAUUAAAGCGUAUUGUGUAUAGUAUUUUUUUUGACAAUGUUUUUUUUCAACAAUUUCAAAGUUGCUAAUAGUUUAACCUGUGUUAAUUGUAUAUCGGAGGACUGAGAGCUUAAAAAUGUCGUGACGAAAUACCUUGUCUGCGCUUGCAUCUGAGAAGUGAAGAAUAUAUCUGGGUACUUUGAAUAUACGAUGCACUAUGGGAAGUUUACGACAAAUAACGAAAUUGAGUGAAAAUAGUGUCCGGAUUUUCUGUUCCCAACUAAAGAAUCUAGAAAAUAAUUCAGUUCUACUGAGGGUCAGUGGAAUUCGCACCAGCAAUGGGCUUCGCAAUGCAGGAACAAAGGCUGACGUUGAUGAAAAUAUAAAGAAAUUUAAAGAGGGAAAUUUUGAAAAAAUCCCAGACCCCGAACAGCUCGAUCACUUCAGGAAACCACAGAGCACAGAUAAACUGGUGGAGUCAAUGAAGAACCCUCCCCCUAUGGGCACGCACACACUACCCCACCCAAUAUGGUCUGAAGAAGAACUUCAUAGUGUGAAGGUCACCCAUAAACCGCCGGAGGGAUUCGUAGACAAGCUUGCCUUUCGAUCAGUGAAGGUUCUACGUUCAACUUUUGACCUUUUAACCGGGUUCAACUGGGGAGAAAGAACGGAGAAGAAAUGGGUCUUACGGAUUUGCUUCCUUGAGACUGUCGCUGGAGUUCCAGGGAUGGUGGCAGCGAUGACGCGACAUUUACACUCUUUGCGCCGACUCAAGCGGGAUCACGGCUGGAUUCAUACCCUUUUAGAAGAAGCAGAAAACGAAAGAAUGCAUCUGAUGACAGCAUUGCAGCUUCGACAACCAUCUUGGUUAUUUAGAAGUGGCGUCAUCGUGUCUCAGGGUGCUUUCGUCACGAUGUUCAGCAUUGCCUAUCUGCUAAGUCCUCGGUUUUGUCAUCGGUUCGUUGGCUAUCUAGAGGAGGAAGCAGUGUUUACUUACUCAAAAUGUUUGAGGGAUAUAGAGUCAGGGUCCCUAAAGCACUGGCAAACAAAAGCAGCACCCGACGUGGCUAUCCGCUAUUGGAAACUUCCAGAAACUGCAUCCAUGAAGGAUGUAGUGUUGGCAAUUCGAGCAGAUGAGGCUCACCAUAGGGUCGUGAACCAUACUCUUGCUUCCAUGAAAGAAGACGAAUACAAUCCUUAUGAGCCAGGGAAGUGAUAUGGAAGCAGAGAAAACAGUGUUAACAUUCUGUAGUUAUACUGUGAAGACAUCUCACUGUGGAAAUGCACAUUACUUGCCUUUGAUACAAUGUACAUGUACAUGUAGUAAGUAAGCACUAGAGAUGAAUGUCCAUCUAUAUAAGAUAAUUCAGACCAUGUAUAAAGAUUUUUUUUUGCAGAAUUCGCGUGUUAGAAUUCCCAUGUGGGAUUAAAAAAAAACCCUUGACCGAUGAGACAAUCAUAUCAAUGGUCUGAAUAGAUAUACGUGUACACAUACGAUGUAAAAAAGAAGAAGACAAUCUGUCUUCCUGAGGUAGUUUCUAUUCGUGUUAUAGAUUUAGGAUAAGCGAAAUGGCACAAAUGUUAUCAUAUGUACUUAAUUUAUUCUAUCUGUUGAAUAUGUUGAUCUGUAUGAGUUGAAGAUAACAGCUCCACAGUGCUUUGCACUCUAAAUGUGUUUUGUAGUGUUUUAUCUUUGUUUUUAUUUGUUUGACAU